AUGUCUGCCGCUAAGCCUAAGGUCGCCAAGAAGGCCCGUGUUGCACCAGCACACCCACCUUCCUCCCAGAUGGUGGUCGCUGCCGUCACCGCCCUGAAGGAGAGAGGUGGUUCAUCCACCCAGGCCAUCAAGAAGUACAUCGCUGCCAACUACACCGUUGACAUGACCAAGCAGGGUCCUUUCAUCAGGCGUGCACUCGUCAAGGGAGUCGCCAGCGGUGCCCUCGUCCAGACCAAAGGAAAGGGAGCCAGCGGUUCUUUCAAGCUCGGAAAGAAGAAGGAAGGCAAAUCCGAUGCCCAGAAGGCCCGCAUUGCCGCAAAGAAGGCUAAGCUCGCCGCCAAGAAGAAGGAGCAGAGGGAGAAGAAGGCUCUGAAGACCAAGGCCAGGAAGGAGAAGGUCGCCGCCAAGAAGGCAGCAAAGAAGGCUACCAAGAAGACCAAGAAGGUCAAGAAGCCCGCCGCCAAGAAGGCCAAGAAGCCUGCUGCCAAGAAGCCAGCUGCCAAGAAGCCUGCAGCCAAGAAGGCCAAGAAGCCCGCCAAGAAGGUAGCCAAGCCAGCAAAGAAGGCCGCCGCCAAGCCAGCAAAGAAGGCAGCCAAGCCCGCAAAGAAGGCCGCCAAGCCAGCAAAGAAGGCAGCCAAGCCAGCCAAGAAGUAA